AAUUAGUGAAAAAGAUUAAUCUUUCACUCUACUCUUUGGCUAAAACUAACCUUAACGAAGAAGAAAAAAAAAAAGUAUGGGAGGGGCUGGUCGAGCAUACCAAAAAUAUCAGUGAUAAAUCCGAAGAGGUUUUAAAUAAGUUAGAUAAUAUUCGUUUUUCCGAAAGCGACCUUAUUCUCCAAGAAGAAAGAAAUGAGUUGUUACAAAAAUUUGAUAAUUUGCUAAGCCUUUUGCGGGAGGAAAAAUCUACUAUUUUACGACAAAUGGAAACCAAAGUAGUUCCGAUAACUCCUUUGCGGUCAAAAGUUGUAAAAAGAGGUUAUUGCUAUUUUUGUGAUAUUAAUAUUGCUAGCGGGUUUCCUUAUAAAUUAGCGAAAGAAGAACAAACAGUGCUGGCUAUUGAAGUGUUAGAAGGAGCCGAAUUUUGCUCCCAGGAAUGCUUAUUAGGCUAUUGUAAAGAGUAUAAAAAUCGCGAAAAACUGCGCGUAGAAGAAAAAAAGAAAAAUGAAGAAAAAAUUGCUGAGGAUACUCGCGUACUCACCGAAGCACAAACCCGCGUGGCAAGGUUACAAGGAAAAAUUAACGAAUUAGAAAGAAAAGAGCAGGAAAUGGAGUUAUUACGUAAAGAAGGGAUAGACGCGGCGGAGGAAAAAAAGCCCAGUUCUUGGCAAAGGUUCUGGCAGAAAGUAGGUUUAGCCAAAAAAACCUCUUUGCCUCUUACACGGGAAAGUCUAAAAAGAGAAAAAAUAACUUACCAAAUGAAAUUAGCCGUCGCGGAAAAAGAAGUCCAAAAAGCCAUUAUUACUUUAUCCAUUGACCGCCAAGUCGAGCAAGAACGCCAAAAAUUAGAAAAAAAACUCCUUCAAGAAAAAAAGAAAAAUGAAGAAUAA